UCAUUACAGGUGUCCGUUUGUGUAGGGUGUUUGUCGGCAUUUUUCUACCUUUCGUUCCGAUUGGAAAGGUAAAGGACGAGUGAGUGCAUGUGUGUGAGUGUAGUUUGUUGGUGUGUGCGUUGCUGUAGCGUUGAUUUGUGUAUGGGAAGCAGACGAACAUUCUAUGUCAUUGAUCGCAGAUCGUCUAAAGAGCUUCGAGGGUGAAUAAUGUUUAUUGUAUAAUUUUGCAUUAAUGACAAAAGAAUGCUGAAAGUGUGUUACGAGCUGUAGUAGAAGAUUUCUUAUAAAUGCGCACGGUAAUAUCAGUAGAUUGUCUAAAGACCGCAAUUGAGCACAAGAUCAUACAUACACGCACACACACUCAUACACACACACAUGCCGAUACAUGAGAUCACACCGGCGCUCGUUUCCUAUUCGUUAAUUCCUUCGUUGAUGCUCUAGCGAUUGGGUAAUAAAAUAGCAAAUAAGAACAGCUUAUUACCUGUUAUACGCAUUUUUGAUAAGUAGCCAAGGUGUCCCAAUCACAACACUCUCUUGGAUAGAAAUCCUUUACAAAUUUGGGAACGUAAUGACGCCUCGAAAAAAACCGUCUGAUGAACCAUCCAUUUCACAGCAAAAUUUUACAAAUUUCUGGCCUAACGUAAUGCGAGAAAUUGAGCGAAUGAACAAAAUUGAUACAGCUCAUCCAGUGUUUCCACUCUCGCGCAUUAAGAGAAUAAUGAAGAUUGACGAAGAGGUGCCAAAUAUAGCCUACAAUGUUAGCUCCCUAUUAGCGAAAGCGAGCGAAAUAUUCAUCCAGGAAUUGACACUGUGUGCAUGGCUGCAAACUGAAGCUAGCAAUCGGGCAACGUUAACGCGCAAGGACAUCGCGAAGGCCACUGAAAAGUAUGAGCAGUUUGAUUUCCUCAUGGACAUUGUGCCGCGAAACAAAAAUGACGCAGAAAAGAGCGUUGUUGAUACGGAGGAUACGCAAGACGAGGAUAGCAGCGAGGAAGAGUGUUGCACAAAUUGUGCAAAGGAAGGGACCAGUUGCGAGGGACCGCGGUGUGGCUUCCAGCAGCCCGAAAUACAGCCUCGGAAUGCUGAGAGUGCAGCAGAGGGCCUCGCAAACGAAGAUACGGUGACACACGUUAUUCCAAUUGUUGUACCACAUAGUGGAACAGUUUCAACCGAUGAGCCUAUCAAUCAAACACUUCAACUGUUUUUGCAAAUAAUAACACCGACAGGUGAAAUAUCGCAUGUGCCGAUCACGAUACCUCAAGACAACCUGACCAUCACAGAAGUGGUUGAUCCCGAAGCUACACCAAAUUAUAUGUAAUGGAAUGGCAUACAGACGGCACCGACUGUAAUUUUUUUUUUAGUUUUAUUUUUUUAGUUUGCAUUCAACAAAUUUGACGAUGCAAGAGCAGCUAUCAAUCAUACAAAGAGCGGUAAUGCUAGCAGUUGCAGCAGAUAUGCCAUAUAAAGCACCAUUUAUCAAGGAGUUUGCAUGAGGCAAUUUUUCACAGCGAUAUUUUUUUUAAUUUUAAUUUGGUAUAAACUAUAAAAAGUAUGGCUUAGCCAUACAAGUGCCUUAAACUUAUGACCUCUUACUGAGAAUCCUUAUCCUUAUUUGAAAAUUUUAGUUUUUACAUAUGUCUAUGAGAAUUAUUUCGUUUUUUUUUUACAUUUGAUAUCAUUUAAAAGUGAAGACAUUAUAUUAUAUUGAUAUUACUACCAUUUAAACAUAGAUAUUGGGAUAUUUAAUCAUAUUUACAACCCACAAAAUGCAGAAAUUUAGAAUUAAAUCAAACUAGGGUAGGAAACUACAUUCGUUAUAGAAAACAAAUUACAAAAACCAGCAAAUCAAACGGUAUGGAACAAAAAUCACGCAUAUUCAAAAAGUAUUAUUCAUUACGGAAUGUAAAACUACUUAAACUAACAGUGUAGCAUCAGAACAAGUAUAUGCAACCAAGGUUAGUGUGAGAUCGUACCGUAGAAUCCCGUGAAGCUAUUGCUUGUAAAGAAGUAUGAUCGCAGAAGACCAUCAAUCAACAUAGCAACACGUUUACACAACUACAAUAGCAAUCGUAAGUAAGGUAGAUCAUGAUCACGGUAGAAGAUUUUUGAAAAUUUGUUAAGAGUAUUAAACGAUGAAGUUCAAACAAUGUGAAUUCUAUUCGGCAAGAAUUUCUAAAGCUACACCUUUUUAAAUAGCAAAAUACUAAAAAAAUACACACGGAAUCCUUUU